AUGGGGAGGAGGAGAAAGCAAAAAGAGGAUCCCGAGAAGAGUAGCUCCAAGUCUGCUGAACUUCUUCCAGCCUUUCUUCUUGGUGGUUUGGUGGUUUCAAUUGCGAUCGUCUUUCGUAUAUAUUGGGCUUGUAAGGAUGUUCCCUCUUCCCCACUCAUGGAGUGCCCAACGAUUAUUUCCGAAAAGGAAACCAAAAAAGGUGGAUUAGCUGGUCUGUUCAAACCAAAAGCUGCAACUGAUGGACCUAUCGAAUUGGAACUGGCCACUCCCAAUCCCAAAGAUUGUGCGUGUCGUUUUUUCUUUGGAUAUUUCAACGGAAAUAGCGGUAGAGAAGGUGCUCCAAAUACCUGCAUCCCAUCGCAAAAACAGAUUGCAUCGAAAAAGCCAAGUAAAGAGUUAAUGGAAAAGUACAAGGUUGCGUUCACAUCCGAGCGUAUCACAGUGCCCAAAGAUCAUCAACAACUAAUUGUGAAGUUGGCGGAACAAACAGAGAAGCAAGUGCCAGAUUGGGAAGAAAGAACUAACAAGGUCCAAUGGGGUGGAUCCACUUGGCCUUGGUACAUGUCGCAGCCCAAGUCGACAGGUGAUUCCACGGACCUGGAAAAGCUCCGCGGCGGAAACCUCUUCUUUUCGUAUCUGAGAAUCAUGAAAUGGCCAAAAACAUUGAGUGCGCAGUUUCCCUUCAAACUUUGUCCAAAAGGUUGUGAUUCGGAAGUUGCUCUUGGUCAUACACUUGAAUGGAGAGAAAAAUUCAAGCCAUGGAUGUACUCUCCAGCUGUGUUAAAAGAAAAUGAAAAGGGUUUUGUAUUUUUCCACGGAUUCUCUGACCCGAAAGAGGAGGGUGAAAAUUCAUCUCAUGCUAUUGUCUGGAUCCGAGGUGGCUUGCGUAAUAAGGUAGCGGAUACGGCUCAAACGCGAGCGUACGUCAAUACUUUGGAAAGAGCCGUUGCGGCCUCGUAUGCUCGAAGCAAUGGAAGGGUAGGAAAGUUCAAUGUCGUUCUGGACGGAACAGGAUUCGCAUUUAGGUUAAUGCCCUCCUUGAAUUCAGUCAAAGCUUUUGUCACAAUGCUCCAGGAUCACUUCCCAGAUAAGCUUGGUAUCAUCUUGAUGACAAAUCUUGGCAGUGUGGGAGAAAUGUUGGCCAAGAUGAUGUUGAAGCUCCUUUCAGAAGAAGUUCGAAACAAGAUUAUUGUUCUCCCUCACGACCCUCAAGAACGACAAGCGAUUUUGAAUACUGUGGUAAGCUAUGAUUAUAGUCCAACAUGGUUGGGCGGGACGGACACGUACGAGUUCAACGCGAAGGAGUACUAUGCGGAUCCCGAACUCAUGCUGUCGGAUAAAGAGGCACUGGAAUACCUUGAAACUAUGCCCUAUCAUGCGUAA